CCAUGAGACGAGGUCUGAAGGUGGUGGGCUGUUCGACGACGAAAUGUCAAAUGCUGCGCCCAAGCCAUAGUCUCCGAUAUCCGUGUCCUGCGAUCCGCCAAACUCGUCGAGCAGAGCACCGUCCACCAUGCCUUCCCUCCCUUCCUCCUCCUUGACAUUGUCAAAGUCGAGCACCCGAGCCGCGCCGACCUCUCCUUCCAACAUCGCUGGCUCGAAUAGUAGCGCAUCCUGUCCGUCUUCACCUGCAUCUAUGGGUGGAUGUGGGGUUUGGAGAGCGAGUUGGUGGAUCGCGGACGGUGACAAAUCGGAAGGACCAUCAGGCUCUGCCAUCAGCUGGAUGGAAUCAGAUUCUACACCUCCCAUGAGAUCGAGACUCGGAUCCAGCGCAUUGUUGCCAUUGGUUACUGUGAGGAGCGGAGAAGACCUAUCUUCCGAGUUGUUUGCACCCAUGCUCGCGCUUGUCCGUACCGCAGAAGCCGGGGUAAAGGUCAAAGGGGUCUUGGGAGUAAAUACCGGGGUUCGUAGGACGGUGGGGUUGUUUUGUCGUUUGGUGGGCGUCUUUAGCUGCUCCUUGUAUAUUACCCCUGUUCCAGACAUUAUACGAAGGGGUGGUUAUCAAUGAUUCUACAGCAUGAGCAAUAUCAAUGUUAGCUGUUCGUAUCUGGCAUGCUGUGAUAGCUAGUGAGGAUGUCGUCGAUCGAUCGACUGGUCCGAAACGCAAGAU